CCUGCACGGCCUCACAAGGAAAGAGAAGACAACAUCCCAAAACAUCCACGCACACAAACAGAGCGCGCGAAGCAAUGCGUUGCUACGGCUUGACACCGAUUCAAGGAAGCGAGUCUCGCUUCUUCCACCUCCCCACCACACGACCCAUUAACAUACCCAAUUCGAAUUCCUGGUUUUCCUUUUCCCACUCUAGUUUCUUCCCCUCCAAACUCGUAUCCGCCACCUGUAUGCCUGCUGUGUCGCUCAGAACCAUAGCCAGGGCCGCCGUCAAUGAUGGGCUGAUGACCGAGGAGGCCGCCGCCGCCUCCGGUUUGAGCUUCUACGAGCUCUUGGGCAUACCCGAGUCCGGAUCCUUGGUCGACAUCAAGCAGGCGUACAAGCAGCUAGCCCGGAAGUACCACCCGGACGUCUCCCCGCCCGGCCAGGCCGAGGAGUACACCAAGCGGUUUAUCCGGGUCCAAGAGGCUUAUGAGAUCUUGUCGGAUCCCGGAAGGCGAGCUCUCUAUGACAGAGACUUGGCCAAAGGUCUCCACCUCGUGUUCUCGGCUCGAAGAAAAUACGAGAGCAACGAGGGAAUGGAAGAGAGAGGCGAGUGGAAGAACCGUUGGCAAGCUCAGCUAUCGGGGCUAAAGAGGAGAAGCAUGAACAAGGAUGCUGGUGGAAAUUUGUCCUGGGGAGCUCGAAUGCGCGGGCGAAGGGAUGAGUUAGCGAAUCAAUUAUAAGUAGUUUUUUCUUGUAACUUCAAUGUAAAUAUAGCUUCCUACCUUAUAGAACAUGGUUAAUGUUGAAGGGGAUAGAACUUAGCAUUGGGAAAAGAUUUCCAAUAGAACUUUAAAAUAGAAAAUUUUAAAAGUUUUCUCCUUGACCAUGUGAACCAAAUACAUUGUACAUGAUAAGACUUCUCAUACUUGGCAUAA